GUAGCGUUGCAUGUUGCAUGGAAACUGAAAUCUUUGUGGUUUGAUGGCUUGACCUCCCUCCUCUUUUCUCACAAUUCCAAUUCAAGCCAUUUGAUCAGCGUACCAAAAAGAAACACUCUAUUCUUUCUUCAGCACCCAAACUUUCUCACUAUCCCAUCAUGGCCCGCUUCUCCUUCUCCAAGAUGAUGGCUGACCCUGCCUCCGUUGACCUCAAGGAUUCCAGUGAUUCCGAUUGCUUUUCUUUUGUUAACGAUGACAGCAAUGAGAUGAGACCAUCCACUCCCACCAGCACCAGACGCCAGAAGAGAGUAUCCCGUGCGUUCAAGACAUCGACACCUUCCCCCACCUCUCGUCGUGCCAGCAGCAUCGAAACCUUGGAUGAUCUGGAGGAGUUUGCCAAGGUUUUGAAGAAGGCCGACCCUGAUGUCAUCGGACGAGCCAUCUUGAAAGAAACCAAGAAGAGCAAGGCAGUACGAGCAUCCACCACGCUCAAGAGGACUGUGACAGGAUAA